AUGGAGACCACUGGCAAAUUAAACAUGACUUUGAGCACUGCGACAAGUCCGCCUUCAGGUGUGAGCAGCACCUCAGGUGACAGCCUGGUGUCUUCAGAAGCGUCUCCCGCUACAGAGGUACUCCACCUUCCCUGGAACACAGCAGUGACCAGCUUGGGGACCAUCACGUCUACACAGGAGUCCCGGUCCUCUGCCCCAGUAGGAUCAGAGACACCCAAAGGCACCACUGCAGUAGUCACCUCUUGGCUCAGUGGGGACACCUCACUUUCCACACCGGAGGCUGGCCUUUCUGAAACCACAGAGACUGAGCCACGGUCAACGUCAUCCCCUGGCCUGGAACCAUGGGAAACCAGCACAUCCCGGCACACCACCAUGGCCUCGGAGACAAUGAGUGUCCCUUCUCCAGUGUCCACUGGUACUACUGCAGAGGACUCUAGGACCCACGUCAUCUCCUCCAAGAGGACAUCCAUCCCUGGCCCUGCUCAGUCCACGAUGUCUCCAGACAUCUCCACAGGAAUCAACACCAGGCUCUCUACCUCCUCCAUCUUGACCAAGUCCACAACUAUAGCCAUGGUCCCCAAAACAGUUGUCCCUGGGACUACAUCACAGGACACAAGUAACACAGAUGCAUCCACCACGGCCUCCUGGGCCGAAAGUCACUCAGCAGGCACUCAAGUUUCUGCAAGCUCAGAAGUGACCAUUGGCAUGGACACGGGUUCUGAGGUUGUAAUCAUUUCCCGCUACAAGGGGACUCCACCUUUCCGGGAACACAGCAGUGACCAGCUUGGGGACCAUCACGUCUACACAGGAGUCCUGGUCCUCUGCCCCAGCAGGAUCAGAGACACCCAAAGGCACCACUGCAGUAGUAUCCUCUUCGCUCACAGGGGACGCCUCAUUUUCCACACCAGUGGCUGCUCUUUCUGA